UGUAUUUUCUACUCUAAUUCCCUGUUUCGUGCAUAAAUGUAUUUUUCCAAAUUAUUGUACGUCGUAGUCAAGAUAUUCACUUAUUUAUUCAUGUACAUUUUUGCAUUAAUCCGAAUUCAGAGAAUCCAGAGUUCAGUGUUCCACCUGUCUUGUCUUCUCUCACUUGCGUGCUUGCCAACCAAUCAGGUUCUAGAAUAGUUAUCUCUCUACCCCAACUCGAACUCACGCGUGAUAGACUUCAAGGUUAAGCCGCUCACCCUAUCGCGUCAAGGUCAUAGUUAAAUCUAGACAGAUCAAGGUGAAGUCAUAACAAGUAUCACGGGGUAAAGCGAUUCAAGGUCAUAACAACUGGCGACGGGAAUUUCUUAUUAUUUUAUAUAUUGAUUGAUCCAGUACAAAAUGCCUGUAUCAUUGGAUGACCUUAAAACUAUUCUUCAAAUGCAGCAAGCACAAAAUGAUGCGAAUCAAACGAAGCUUUUGGAUGCAUUGGCACGAAUGUUCUCAUUACAGUCGUCCUCAACUUGUCAAUCAGACAAGUAUGAAAGUAUCAUAAAUUCUAUUUCUGAAUUCCACUAUGAUCCUGAAGCUAAUGUCAUUUUCAGUUCGUGGUUUCACCGUUAUGAAGACAUUUUCCGCAUUGAAUACUCGCAUCUUGAUGACGCAGCAAAAGUCCGCUUACUCUUAAGAAGACUGGGAACACAGGAAUAUAAUAAAUAUGUGAAUUUUAUUUUACCGCAAAAUCCACGAGAUGUAUCAUUCAAAGAUACAGUCCAGAUUUUAUCUGAUAUUUUCGAUGAACAGUCCUCAUUAUUUAAUGCUCGUUAUAAAUGUUUCCAAUUAACAAAAUCUCCAGAGGACGAUUAUGUCACGUAUGCUGGGAAGGUGAAUCGAGAGUGCGAACGUUUUAAAAUAAACGAAAUCACUGCAGACCAAUUUAAAUGCUUGAUUUUCAUAUGUGGUCUAAAGAAUGAAGAAGAUGCAGAUGUCCGUACCAGAAUGUUGGCACGUAUUGAACAAGAACCAAAUAUGACAUUACAAAUGGUCACAACCGAAUGUCAGCGAUUACUUAAUCUCAAGCAUGACACGGCUAUGGUGCAACAGAAGGUUAAACCUUCCGAGUCUGGUUCAAUUAAUGCACUCCGAUCCAUAAAAUCAUCGAAACAAAACUGUACAAGCACGAAACAACCUUCUGCGAAACCCCCAUCACCAUGCUGGUUCUGCGGAGCAUGGCAUUUUGCGAAAUUCUGUCCGUUCAAGAAUCAUAAAUGCCGCAAAUGCCAUCGCAUUGGCCACAAAGACGGUCAUUGUUCGUCAAAUAAACGCAAGACUAAACGUCGUAGUGAAAAUUCAAAUCAACGAUCAAACAGUCAAAUUAAAACCACGUUUGCAACCUUUAAAGUUGGAUUUAAAAGCAGGCGGAAAUUUGUAAAUUUAUUAGUAAAUGAAAAACUUAUACGACUUCAGUUGGACACUGCUUCUGAUGUCACGUUGAUUUCAAAGAACACAUGGCACAAGUUAGGAUGCCCACGCAUCCGACCGACGGAACAUGUCGCCCGAAAUGCUUCAGGAGACAUAGUAAAGUUAACAGGAGAGGUUCUAUGCAAUGUUCAACUCAUGGGAAGUAAAUUUACGGAUGUUUGUUAUCUAACAAAUCGACACGAUUUAGAUCUAUUGGGAUUAGAUUGGAUUGCUCAUGUUGAUACUUUGAAUAAAUUAUUAGAUGAGGUAUGUUCCCAUAAUGUUUCCUAUGAGUCUAUCCAAAUCCCUAAUGAUAUUUCUAAAUCAAAUGCCUCCAACGAAUCAUCCUCUCUGGAUAUUAAUGAAUUAAGUGCUCCUGAUGUAACAUGUUCUUAUGAUUUUUCUGAAUCAAACAAUUCAAAUGUUAUUUGUUCUCACCAUGUCAAAUCUAAUACCGCCGAUUCAUUACCUUCUCAUAAAAUUUCCAAAUCGAAGACUUCAGACAAAGUAUGCGCUGGUGAAAUUUCGAAGUCUCAUGUACUUCAUUCUAAUGUUAUGUCUACAUCAAAGUCUUCUGUUUCCUCUCAAUUGUCGUCUGUAUCUUACAUAAAUCAUCUUCGACAAAAGCAUGCAUGUGUAUUUCAAAACAAACUGGGUUGUUGUAAAUUCACCAAAGUAUCUUUAUCACUAAAGGAAAAUGCAAAACCCAUUUUCAGACCGAAACGACCAGUGCCUUAUGCUGCUUUGUCAGUCGUUGACCAAGAAUUGGACAGGUUAGAAGCACUAGGUGUCAUUGAGCCAGUAAAUUAUUCAUCGUGGGCUGCUCCCAUAGUGGUCGUGAGAAAAGCAAACGGAACUGUUCGCAUUUGUGCUGAUUUUUCCACUGGUCUGAAUAAUGCUCUAGAAGAUCACACAUAUCCACUUCCCAUACAGGAAGAUUUAUUCAUCAAACUAAAUGGAGGAAAGUAUUUUGCUAAAAUUGACCUGGCUGACGCAUAUCUCCAGAUAGAAGUUGAUCCAGCCUCCCAACCAUUACUGACGAUUAACACCCACAGAGGUCUUUACCAAUAUAAGCGUUUACCUUUUGGUGUGAAACCAGCACCAGCUAUCUUUCAACAAAUAAUGGACACUAUGUUGGCUAAUUUGCCAGGAGUCGCUGUCUAUUUGGAUGAUGUAAUCGUUACAGGUUCCAGUAAGUCCGAGUUAUUCAAUCGACUCGAUACUGUUUUAACCAAAAUAUCUGAGUGUGGAUUCUAUCUAAAAGAAGAAAAGUGUACAUUCUUCAUGAACUCGGUGAAAUAUCUUGGUUUUGUUUUCGACAAAAAUGGACGACGCCCAGAUCCGGAAAAUGUACGAGCUAUCCAAAAUAUGCCUCCUCCAUCUAAUGUAGCAACUCUGCGUUCCUUCCUUGGUCUUAUCAGUUAUUACAGUAAUUUCUUGCCACAACUGCAUCGCCUCCGAGCACCUAUGAAUCAAUUAUUAUCCAGUAAUGUAAAAUGGAAUUGGUCCACUAAGUGUCAAAAAUGUUUUGAUGAAGUAAAGUCAUUAUUAACGUCGGAUCUACUUCUUACAUAUUUUGAUCCCUCGCUGGAAAUUGUUGUUGCUGCAGAUGCUUCUGACUAUGGUAUCGGUGCCGUCAUAUCCCAUAAGUUUCCAGAUGGCAAAGAGAAGGCUAUCGCACAUGCUUCCAGAACAUUGACUUCAGCAGAACGCAAGUACAGUCAAAUUGAGAAAGAAGGAUUGGCAUUAAUUUUCGCAGUAAAAAAGUUUCACAAGAUGCUGCAUGGCAGAAAAUUUACCUUAAUCACUGAUCAUAAACCCCUAUUAUCAAUUUUCGGAUCUAAGAAAGGUAUACCAGUUUAUACCGCAAACCGCCUCCAACGAUGGGCUACAAUGCUAUUGGGUUAUGAUUUCGUUAUCAAAUACAAAUCUACCUCUGAUUUUGGCCAUGCUGAUGCAUUAUCGCGCUUAAUAAGCAAUCAUAAGCUUGAAAACGAAGAUACUGUUAUCGCUUCUAUAUCAGUGGAAGAAGAUGUAAGCAGAAUGUUGUUUAAUUCAACACAAAUUCUUCCAGUGACAGCUGCUCGAAUCGCUGAACACACUCGCCGCGAUCCUAUCUUAAGACGAUUAUCUACAUUUAUCCAGCGUGGUUGGCCCCCACGUAUAACAUCUCAUGAACUGAAACAGUAUUAUCAACGACGUCAAUCUUUAUCCAUCGUAAAUGACUGUAUUAUGGUUGCUGAUCGCGUAGUGGUUCCGUAUAACUUACGCUCACUCGUCCUGAAACAACUGCAUACAGCCCAUCCAGGUACUGGAAGAAUGAAAGCUAUUGCUCGAAGUUAUGUAUAUUGGCCUAAUAUCGAUGAACACAUCGAAGAUUUCGUGCGUGCGUGCAGAAAAUGUGCUGAGGUUUCUAAGUGUCCACGAAAAGCUGAACUACAUUCCUGGCCAUCUCCAGAAGAACCUUGGUCACGUAUACAUGUUGAUUUUGCUGGCCCAUUCCAGGGUACGUACUUCCUCGUUUGUGUUGAUGCUUAUUCAAAAUGGCCGGAGAUUUUUCCUAUAAAUCAAAUCACUUCGCAACAGACUAUCAGGAAGCUACGGCAGUUAUUCUCCCGUUUUGGAGUUCCAGAUGUUCUCGUGACAGAUAACGGCACUCAGUUUAUUUCUUCCAUCUUCUCAGAUUUCUGCAAGAGGUUUGGAGUCAAACAUGUCCGUUCACCUCCGUACCAUCCACAAUCGAAUGGUCAGGCCGAAAGGUUUGUAGAUACUUUCAAAAGAGCGCUACUGAAGGCAAAAGGGGAGGGAAAGAUAGAGGAGAUUCUUGAUGAUUUUCUCUUGGUCUAUAGAACAACUUCAAACCCAUCAACACCAAAUCAAAUGUCCCCAGCAGAAAUCAUGUUUGGUCGAAAAGUAAGAACUGCUCUCGAUGCCAUAAAACCACAGAAAAUAGACAUCGGAAAAAGAAACAGAAAGAUGGAAAGCCAGUUUGAUCGCCAUCAUGGGGCGAAACGCAGAAUUUUCCAAAAAAAUCAAAAAGUAUACGUCCGUGAUUUCCGAUAUUCACCUCCACAAUGGACCAGUGGACGCAUACUUAAGAGACAAGGGAAUGUAAUGUAUGUGGUGGAAGUUGAAGGACAGAAGUGGACACGCCAUGUCAACCACAUACUGGAAAAUGCUGGCACUUCACAGAAAACCGAGAAAUUAGACUCAAUGUGGAGAAUCAUUCUGGACAGUUUCGACAUAAAAUGCUCAGCAACUCAGAAGACUGCGCAACAUGAACAAAGUCCUAUUAGAAAAGCAUCACGGAAACGCAGAAGACCAGAUAUUCUACAGGUAGACCCAAAGAGGAGAACAUACGUUUCCGAAGGAAGAUAUCAAUGAUGAUAUCUCAGCACUUACCUGUAUAUAGUAACUAACCAUAUUUUUUUUUCUUUUUUUUAAGGGGGAAGGUGUUAUGAACGGGGAAUUAAGAAGCCCAGACAAUCACGAAAGCUAUUUUCUUGGGACGUUAUUGCAUUUCAUUCAAACCCUGUAAAACACUUAUAUUUAUUUUUGUCCCUAUCUUAUUCUACAUAACACGAGCUUUCGUUCUAUGCAUCAUUCACUAGCAUACUCUUUUUGGUUCCGAAAAUAUUGUAAUUUAAAGAUAAUAUUUUGCACUGUAUUUUCUACUCUAAUUCCCUGUUUCGUGCAUAAAUGUAUUUUUCCAAAUUAUUGUACGUCGUAGUCAAGAUAUUCACUUAUUUAUUCAUGUACAUUUUUGCAUUAAUCCGAAUUCAGAGAAUCCAGAGUUCAGUGUUCCACCUGUCUUGUCUUCUCUCACUUGCGUGCUUGCCAACCAAUCAGGUUCUAGAAUAGUUAUCUCUCUACCCCAACUCGAACUCACGCGUGAUAGACUUCAAGGUUAAGCCGCUCACCCUAUCGCGUCAAGGUCAUAGUUAAAUCUAGACAGAUCAAGGUGAAGUCAUAACAAGUAUCACGGGGUAAAGCGAUUCAAGGUCAUAACAACUGGCGACGGGAAUUUCUUAUUAUUUUAUAUAUUGAUUGAUCCAGUACAAAAUGCCUGUAUCAUUGGAUGACCUUAAAACUAUUCUUCAAAUGCAGCAAGCACAAAAUGAUGCGAAUCAAACGAAGCUUUUGGAUGCAUUGGCACGAAUGUUCUCAUUACAGUCGUCCUCAACUUGUCAAUCAGACAAGUAUGAAAGUAUCAUAAAUUCUAUUUCUGAAUUCCACUAUGAUCCUGAAGCUAAUGUCAUUUUCAGUUCGUGGUUUCACCGUUAUGAAGACAUUUUCCGCAUUGAAUACUCGCAUCUUGAUGACGCAGCAAAAGUCCGCUUACUCUUAAGAAGACUGGGAACACAGGAAUAUAAUAAAUAUGUGAAUUUUAUUUUACCGCAAAAUCCACGAGAUGUAUCAUUCAAAGAUACAGUCCAGAUUUUAUCUGAUAUUUUCGAUGAACAGUCCUCAUUAUUUAAUGCUCGUUAUAAAUGUUUCCAAUUAACAAAAUCUCCAGAGGACGAUUAUGUCACGUAUGCUGGGAAGGUGAAUCGAGAGUGCGAACGUUUUAAAAUAAACGAAAUCACUGCAGACCAAUUUAAAUGCUUGAUUUUCAUAUGUGGUCUAAAGAAUGAAGAAGAUGCAGAUGUCCGUACCAGAAUGUUGGCACGUAUUGAACAAGAACCAAAUAUGACAUUACAAAUGGUCACAACCGAAUGUCAGCGAUUACUUAAUCUCAAGCAUGACACGGCUAUGGUGCAACAGAAGGUUAAACCUUCCGAGUCUGGUUCAAUUAAUGCACUCCGAUCCAUAAAAUCAUCGAAACAAAACUGUACAAGCACGAAACAACCUUCUGCGAAACCCCCAUCACCAUGCUGGUUCUGCGGAGCAUGGCAUUUUGCGAAAUUCUGUCCGUUCAAGAAUCAUAAAUGCCGCAAAUGCCAUCGCAUUGGCCACAAAGACGGUCAUUGUUCGUCAAAUAAACGCAAGACUAAACGUCGUAGUGAAAAUUCAAAUCAACGAUCAAACAGUCAAAUUAAAACCACGUUUGCAACCUUUAAAGUUGGAUUUAAAAGCAGGCGGAAAUUUGUAAAUUUAUUAGUAAAUGAAAAACUUAUACGACUUCAGUUGGACACUGCUUCUGAUGUCACGUUGAUUUCAAAGAACACAUGGCACAAGUUAGGAUGCCCACGCAUCCGACCGACGGAACAUGUCGCCCGAAAUGCUUCAGGAGACAUAGUAAAGUUAACAGGAGAGGUUCUAUGCAAUGUUCAACUCAUGGGAAGUAAAUUUACGGAUGUUUGUUAUCUAACAAAUCGACACGAUUUAGAUCUAUUGGGAUUAGAUUGGAUUGCUCAUGUUGAUACUUUGAAUAAAUUAUUAGAUGAGGUAUGUUCCCAUAAUGUUUCCUAUGAGUCUAUCCAAAUCCCUAAUGAUAUUUCUAAAUCAAAUGCCUCCAACGAAUCAUCCUCUCUGGAUAUUAAUGAAUUAAGUGCUCCUGAUGUAACAUGUUCUUAUGAUUUUUCUGAAUCAAACAAUUCAAAUGUUAUUUGUUCUCACCAUGUCAAAUCUAAUACCGCCGAUUCAUUACCUUCUCAUAAAAUUUCCAAAUCGAAGACUUCAGACAAAGUAUGCGCUGG